AUGCCACAGAGAGUCCACAAGAAAUCUCGCAACGGAUGUCUCGAGUGUAAGCGGCGCCAUGUCAAGUGCGAUGAGAGACAUCCCAUUUGCUCGAAUUGCCAUAGCGCCGAGCGAGUCUGUGAGUACGGAAGCCGCUCUUUGCUGAGAGCAGCAGCUCCACGGCCAGUAGUACAUGCAGCCAGAGCAGCUUCACCGCCUAUACCUCUCGGGAGUACACCGCGGGAGAGCCCUGAAAAUGAACCCUCACAGGCGCCCUUCCGCAGCCAGGCCGUGAACAUACUCCAUAUCGAGCUCUUCCACAAUUUGUACACCAAGAUCUGCACCAGCUUCGACCCCAACAGAUCUAUAUCAUGGCUAGCAGAUGGUGUGGACCCUACUACAGCCCCAUAUCUAGUCAACGAGCUGCUCGCAUUUAGUGCCCUACACCUAAGUACGGCACGACCAGAUCGCCGCGAAUACUACCGCUACCACGCAGCCCAGCUACAAACCGACGCGUUGUCCAUUUUCCAAGCGUCCUCCCCGCAAGUAAUACGAGAGAAUUGCGUCCAUCUCUUCGUCUUCGCAGCUACUCUGGGUAUCCACAUGCUCUGCGACACACUCGUCUACCGCGAAGGAGGCGGCGACUUUGAUACCUUCCUCGACCGCUUCGUCCACUUCUUCCGUGUUUAUCAUGGUGUCCGUACCAUUGUUAGCAAAGCCUCGCAUAUGAUUCAGGAUACGCCGCUCGGUUUAAGUUUCAACGUGGGCAUAGAUCUGUAUAAAUUUAAUGGAUGUCUUGGGCCCGGCUGUCAGCGCCUGUAA